UUUCCGCGAACGAAUGACAAUAAUUAACUGCUGUUGUACCGACGAAGACGUAUAAUGACGGACAGCAAUGCGGUGGUGACAAUUAUGGCGAGCCUUAUUUGCUUGUCAAUUGUCGUCAGGAUUGUUUGCGGAAACGACAAAACCAUGAUCGCCUUUGGUCCGAUGCCCACUAAGCAGCAGCAAACAGUCGGAAAUUUCAGUGGCAACUUAAUGAGGAGUCCGAGGUUCGUGGUGGUCAAUGGCGACGACGUGCCCGACUACGAUGGCGUGGACGACGACGAUGACCACGUUGUGUACGACUACGACGACGGUGGUGGCAGCGGUGGCGACCACGACCACGGUUAUGGCGGUGAUCACGACUACCAUAACAUCGGUCAUGACGAUGACGACGAUGAUGACGAUUUCGACUACGGUAGCGGCCCCGGUUACCACCAUCACGUGUGGUGGCACCACUAUUACCACCACGGUGAACCGCACUUACCGUUUCCACUGUUCCCGCCAAUUUUCGUCGUCCACAGGCGACCACCUCACCGUCGAUGCGAUCGGUGGCCGUUCGUGUGCAGGAGCACGUACGAAAUGAUCCAAUGGCUCCAAUGUUAUCACGAGUUUUUGUCCGCCUCGGGAAUUCACGACGAGAACAGCUUCCAUGGGGUGGUUGGAGAGCCCACACACGCAUGGAGGAAAUAGCGACAGGGCGGCGUCGAGUGCUAGGACUCCGAGAACGAUCGGAGCGAAAAAUCGCACUUUUAAUGGUUUUUUUAUUGCCGUUCCAUAUAAUAUUUACCCAUACUUCUAGAAAGAUCAGAGACUGUCGGACUGGUACCUUUUGUUUUUUCCCCCGUUCUGGUUCCGGUACUAGAUUAUUUCAUUAAGAGGUUCUGGUUACGGUUCCGGUUUUUGAAAAUAUAAAUUUCGGGUGAAGGUCA